GUCAAACCGACCGGACACCGUCUCCAAUAGUAGAAUGCCGGAGCUUUUUAACCGAAUGUCGUACUCUCCGGUCGGGCUUCUCUCCUACUCGGCACCGAGGUCAACCACAGAGGCGGUUUCCAUUCAGCGUCACGGCGGCACAGACAGGCAGCAUUUAGCGGAUGGUGCCAUGAGCUCCACGGCGUAACCUGAUCGCCCAUCUUUGGCCUUCUGGUCGGCACCAUGUCGGAGGAAAGUGAGCCCGAGCGCUUCCUGUUCUCCACCCUGGAGGGGCUGGAGAGGAACCGGGAAGAGGUCCGCUUCCAGCCGGAGGGAAAGGAAGGCUCCCCCCGCGGCGGCGCCGGCCAACGCCACCGCAAGGUCAACAGUCACAAAAAGGGGGGUGGCGUGCGGGACGGGGCGGAGCUGGACCCCGACCCCGAGUCGGGAUCGGGCCGCGAUGGGAGCGGCGGCAGCAGCAGCCGGGGGCACGCGGACAGGAAGCGGCCUCGCCCGGCCCCGCGCGAGGACGUGGAGAUGGGGGGGGGCAGCGGCUCCAGCGGGACCGAGUCCCACGGCAGCCGCUCCGUAGGCGGCUCCAGCGGCAACGGCAAGGACUCCGGCCUCCUGGGGUCCACGGGGAGCAACAAGAGCUUGUCGUCGCCGCCGAGCAGCUCCAACGCCUUCAGCCUGGUGAGCUGCGAGCAGGACAACCCGUCCACCAGCGGCUGCAGCAGCGAGCUGUCGGCCAAAGCUAAGACACAGGAGGAGCUGUUCAAGACCCUGCGGGAGCUGAAGGUGCAGCAGACGACGGAGAAGCGGAGCAAAGGGAGGCCGAGCACGGUGAACGCGCUGAAAUACGCGCUGCGAUGCGUCAAACAGGUGAAAGCUAAUGAGGAAUACUACCAGAUGCUGAAGAUCAAUGACAGCCAGCCGCCGGGGUUUGACGUCUCAUCCUACACCAUCGAGGAAAUCAACAGCAUCACCUCUGAAUACACCCUUAAGAACAAUGACAUUUUCGCCGCAGCCGUCUCGCUCGUCACGGGGGAAAUAGUUUACAUCUCGGACCAGGCGGCCUCCAUCUUGAACUGCAAGCGCGAGGUGUUCAAAGAUGCCAAGUUCGUGGAGUUCCUGACGCCCCAGGACGUCAGCGUGUUCUACAGCUCCACCACGCCCUGCCGCCUGCCCCCCUGGAGCAUGUGCACCGGAGCAGAAUCGUCUCCCACGGAGUGCAUGCAGGAGAAAUCCUUCUUUUGCCGCAUCAGUGGUGGAAAGCAGCGUGCAGGACACAUGCAGUACUACCCUUUCCGCAUGACUCCGUACCUGAUGAAAGUCCAGGAUGCUGAGCUGGGGGAGGAACAGUUCUGCUGCCUCCUGCUGGCCGAGAGGGUGCACUCGGGUUACGAGGCACCCAGAAUCCCCACUGACAAGCGCAUCUUCACUACCACACACACACCUAACUGUGUGUUCCAGCAUGUGGAUGAGAGGGCUGUCCCAUUGCUGGGUUACCUCCCUCAGGACCUGAUCGGGACCCCCGUGCUGCUCAGUCUGCACCCAAGCGACCGCCCCCUCAUGCUGGCGGUGCAUCGGAAAAUUCUGCAGUACGUUGGGCGGCCCUUCGAUCACUCCUCCGUCCGCGUCUGCGCCAGGAACGGCGAGUACGUCACCAUCGACACCAGCUGGUCCAGCUUCGUCAACCCCUGGAGUCGCAAGGUCUCCUUCGUCAUCGGCAGGCACAAAGUCCGCAUGGGUCCCGUGAACGAAGAUGUUUUUGCAGCACCGGCUUUUCACGGAGGGAAGAUCGUGGACUCCGACAUCCAGGAAAUGAGUGAAAAGAUCCACAGGCUGCUUCUCCAGCCGGUCCACCACUUGGGCUCCAGCGGCUACGGCAGCAACGGUUCCCGCGAGCCGCUGGUCAGCAUCAGCUCGUCCGGCGAGAGCGGCGCGAACGCGGCGCGGGAGGCGGACAAGGCCAAGCCCCCCAGGACCUUCCAGGAGAUCUGUAAAGGCGUCCACAUGCUGAAGAACCAGGACUCCCAGGGGGACCUGCGCUCCCCGCCUCCCUCGCCGCCGCCGCCGCCGCCAUCCAAGCCCGAGCAGAGGAAGAGCGCUGGCCCUCACAAGAGUCCAGUGAUGCUCCUGAAGGACUCUGCGCCCCCUCUGCUGGUCAGAGACAGUACUGCAGCCAGCGUGGCGGACCAGACUCUCUGCUCCUAUCAGCAGAUCAGCUGCCUCGACAGCGUCAUCAGGUACCUGGACAGCUGUAACACCCCCAUCACGGCGAAGAGGAAGUACCAGUUCUCCAACAACACCGCCUCCUCCAACUCUGACGAUGACAAGAAGGGCUCUGAGGACUGCGUGCAGGUGUCUCGGGACGCAAGCCAAGAGCCUUCGAUGCUGGAAGCACAGCCCCAGAAGCCUUCGGCGGGGACGGCCGGGGUGGCGGGAGCCACCGUGGCGCCGCUCGCACUGGCCAGCAAGGCGGAGAGCGUGGUGUCCGUCACCUCGCAGUGCAGCUACAGCAGCACCAUCGUCCACGUGGGAGACAAGAAGCCUCGGCCCGAGUCCGAGAUUAUCGUGGACGUGACAGAGGGCCCCGCGCCGCCCGCCCUGCAGGAGGAGGCGGCCUACAAGCGGCUGGGACUGACCAAGCAGGUGCUGGCCGCGCACACCCAGAAAGAGGAGCAGGCCUUCCUCCACAGCGCCAGGAGCCUCCGGAAGGACGCCUUCACCCACCUGCACAGGCAGCGAGGGCCAGCCGACGCCGAAGGCACACGCGGCGCCACCAAAGGGGGCGCCAAGAGAGGCAGCCGAAACAGGAAGUCCAAGAAGCCGCGGAUGAAGCAUCCCGACUCGUCAGACAGCGCUGCAUCCAACCGCAAACCCUGGCCCCCCCUCCAGGGCCUCAACCAGACCUCGUGGUCCCCGUCGGAAGCGUCCCAGUCGGCUUUCAACGUCUCCUACCCGGCCGUGGUGCCCGCCCACCCGCUCUACCCCCCCGCGCCCGCAGCCUCAGCUCAGGCCCCCUGUCCUGACCCCUCCCUCGCCACAGGCUUUGGAGAGGCACAGAGCAGCCGAGCCCCGCCUACCGCCGCUCCGUUAGGUGCACCCGUCGUCACACCCGUGGUGGCUCUGGUGCUGCCCAAUUACCUCUUCCCCCAAAUAGGACAGUUGGGUCCCAUGGGGCCGCUGGGGGCCGCUCCCAGACCCGCCUUUUACCCGGAUCAGGGCCAGACGCAGCCCGCGUACGCCGCUCAGCAGGCCCUUCAGCCCCCGCAGCCGGCCUUCGCCACGCCAACACAGCCCCCCUACGCGGCCCAACCGCCGUUCCCCGUGCAGACUGCCUUCUCCCCCCAGACCCUCUUCAGUACCCCCCAGCCCUUCCAAACCCCCCAGACCCUCUUAAGUGCCCCCCACGCUUUCCCGGCCCCGCAGGCGGCCUACGCUCCUCAGCCAUCUUUCCCGUUGCAGAAUCAGUUUUGGACUCGAGCCUCGUACCCGGCUCAGCCGCCCCCCCACGGCCUCGGCGCCGGGCCACCAAAAUCCACGUUGGAGCUUGGAGAGGCGGCGGCGGCGGCGGCGUCACGCUCGUCCACGCCGGCCUCGGGAGCGCCGGAGCCGACCACGCCGCUGUUCGAGUCGCGGUGCAGCUCGCCCCUCCAGCUGAACCUGCUGAGCAUGGAGGAGGGGCAGCGGCAGGACGGCAGCGCCUCGGCGGCGGUACCCGGGGCGGCGGGGGAGGAGGUGGGGAACCGCCAACAGGUGGAGUCUCCUGGAGACGGGGCUCAAAGUGACUGUAACUCCUCAUCCUGCGACUUGCUGGACGUCCUGCUGCAGGAGGACUCCCGCUCGGCCUCCUCCGACUCCACCGGCUGCAGGUCGCGCUCGGGCUGCAACGGCAGCCGCACAUCAGCGAGCGGAGCUUCUGGCAGCGGAACAGGAAGCAGCAACACCAGCAAGUACUUCGGCAGCAUCGACUCCCUGGACCCGGUCGCCAGCCCAGUCAUCAAAUACCUGCUCCAGAAGCCCCUCUGGCUGGUGAUGGCCAAUGCUGACGAGAAGGUCAUGAUGACGUAUCAGAUGCCGCCCAGGGACAUUCAGAGGGUUCUGAGAGAAGACAAGGAGAGACUGAGGCAGAUGCAGAAGAGCCAGCCUCACUUCUCCUCCGACCAGCGGCAAGAGCUGAUGGAGGAGCACCCCUGGAUGAGGAGGGGGGGUCUGCCGGCCGCCAUCAAUGUGAAGGAGUGUGUGUACUGCGAGGACGCGGCGCCGGCCCCCGCCGAGGAGAAACUGCCACACAUGGACAUGGGGGAGCUCGGCCAGGAGCUGAGCCGCAAGGGCCAAAACGCCCUCAGCCAAUCGGAGGAGUCUCGACCUCGACCAGACGCCGGCUCCUAGACACACGCAGAGACACCCGGGGGGGGGCGCCUGCAGGGGGACUCGCUGGAUCGUGUGUGUUGGUUGUGCAGAGGGGCUGCUGUUGAUGUGCAACUGCUUGUGUUCACUGCAACACAAGCAGCACGUGUUCUCUUUAAUAGAUGAUGGUUACGUUACAUUUGAUGUCAAAUCAUUUUGACAAGGCCUUCGUGUCUGUUUUCUUAGUGUCAUUUAAGGCGCUAAAACCUCCUCUUUGUACGUAAUACAUGUGGAUGAUGUAGCCCAAAGGGACCCACACCACACUCCUGGAGCAUCCAUCACCGACUCCACAGCCAACAGAAUGACAUCCUAUUUAUUUUCUACCAGAUAUUAUAUCUAGAAUAGAUUGUUUGAAGCUAAAGCCAAAUACAUUCAGCUCAAGGACAGCACUUUGAUAUUCACCGUUUACAGUUCACUCCACGGGGAAUUAAACUUUAAUCCUCAAUGCGACGUGGAGUCAGCUAGUGCCUCUGCAGACCUUAAAAACGCCACAGGUGCUACGGAACAAGUGUGCGUCAUCACAAAUGACGAAGCUGCUUGAAUCCGUACUGUCACAUGAAAGCAGCAGAAAGAUACCCGAGAAGUGAGAGAGCGUAAUCCUUUCCCCCCAACAAAGCACGGAGUAGAUCUAGUGAUUCUGUCAACGUUGUGCAGCCAGUAGUCGGCGGGGAUUUGUUUUCAGAUGUUUGUCGACGCCAGUGUUGUGAAAGCGAGGUUUAAACGGCGCCUUCAACAGCAUUUCACUUAAAAGGCAACCAUGUGGCCUAAUGAACCUUCUGUAGAACCCUGGGGUGCGCCGUAAGUGGCGAGGCUGAAGUAUCAGGACUCAUGCAGCAGCCCCCCCACAUCUCAACGCCGAUGCUUGUUUACAACAUUUCACUUAUUUCGGUUUCACUUAGACCUUUUUUGUCUCUCUCUCGCUCACCUGUGUGCAGAGGAUGAGCCGGAGAGUUUCUUUCCUUUGCCUUACUUUGUCCCAGGAAUCCAUUGUCAGAGGAGUUUACAC